UGCUGCAGGCUGAGCCCCACUGAGGGCUGCGUGUGGCGGUGGCCAUGGCUGGGGGUGUGUGGGGCAGGGCCCGGGGGGCCCCCGUGGGGGCCCUAACCCUGACAGCGCUGGCUGAAGGGAUCCGGGCCGGCCAGGGAGAGCGCAUGGCAGCUCCUUCCCAGGACCCUGAGCCCGAACCGGAGCUGGAGCCCGAGGCAGAGCCUGGAGGCUCACCCACCAUCCCUCCAGCCGCCCGGGAGCCCUGCUCCCCACCCCAUGCACAGGACUCGGCCCCCGAGGGGCCCCGUCAGCCUCCCCAUGGUUCCUGGGAGGAGGGGACCCUCUCCGACCUGGCGUUGUACACAGCUGCCUGCCUGGAGGAGGCUGGCCUUGCAGGGACACAGGCGGCAGCACUCAGCCUGUCCUCAGCCCUGGAAGCCCGCGGCGAGCGGCUGGAGGACCAGGUGCACGCCCUGGUGCACGGGCUGCUGGCGCAGGUGCCCGGCCUGGCCGAGGGGCGGCCCCGGCGGGCAGCCCUGCGGGUGCUGAGCUCGCUGGCCCUGGAGCACUCCCGGGACGUGGUGCAUGCGCUGCUGCCCUGCUCGCUGCCCCCGGACGGGGCGGCGGCCGAGCUGUGGCGCAGCCUGAGCCGGAACCCGCGCGUGAACGGGCAGGUGCUGGUGCAGCUGCUGUGGGCACUGAAGGGCGCGGCUGGACCCGAGCAGGAGGCCCUGGCCGCCACUCGCGCCCUUGGGGAGAUGCUGUCCGUGUCUGGCUGCGUGGGCGCCACACGGGGCUUCUACCCGCACCUCCUCCUGGCACUGGUCACACAGUUGCACGAGCUGGCCCAGGGCCCACGCUCCCCCGACACCCCCAAGGUCUGGGCCCCGUCCCACCGUGGGCCACCGCGCAGCCACACGAGCUGCACAGUGGAGGCCCUGAAGGCCCUGCUCACCGGGGACGGCAGCCGCAUGGUGGUCACGUGCAUGGAGCAGGCUGGAGGCUGGAGGAGGCUAGUGGGAGCCCACACCCACCUGGAGGGCGUCUUGCUGCUGGCCAGCGCCAUGGUGGCCCAUGCGGACCAUCACCUGCGGGGCCUGUUCGCUGACCUGCUGCCCCGGCUGCGCAGCGCCGACGACGCUCAGCGCCUCACGGCCAUGGCCUUCUUCACUGGGCUGUUGCAGAGCUGGCCCACCACGCGGCUCCUGCGGGAGGAGGUCAUCCUGGAGCGGCUCCGCGCUUGGCAGGGCGACCCGGAGCCCACAGUGCGUUGGCUGGGGCUGCUUGGCCUCGGCCACCUCGCGCUGAACCGUGGGAAGACUGCGCAGGUGCGACACGUGACCGUGCUGCUGCCUGCGCUCCUGGGUGCGUUGGGUGAAGGCGAUGUGCGACUCGUGGGCGCAGCGCUGGGCGCGCUAAGGAAGGUACUGCUGCAGCCGCGGGCGCCGGUGCGACGCCUGAGCACGGAGCUGGGGCUGCGUCUACCACCGCUGCUGGACGACGCCCGAGACUCAGUGCGCGCCUCGGCGGCCGGGCUCCUCGGGACGCUGGUGCGGCGCGGCCAGGGCGGGCUCCGGGUGGGGCUCCGAGGUCCCCUGCGGAAGCUGGUGCUGAAGAGUCUGGUGCCUCUGCUGCUGCGCCUGCAUGACCCCAGCCUGGAUGCUGCGGAGAGCUCAGAGUGGACCCUGGCCCGCUGCGACCGAGCCCUGCGCUGGGGCCUGCUGGAGGAGGUGGUCACUGUGGCCCACUACGACAGCCCUGAGACCCUAAGCCGAGUCUGCCAGCGCCUGGUUCAGUGGUACCCGAGCCAUGUGCCCCGCUUCCUGAGCCAGACCCAGGGCUACCUGAGGAGCCCGGAGGUCCCUCUGCGCCGGGCCGCUGCUGUGCUCAUAGGUGAGGCGCUCCGGGUGGCACGCUGCCCCUCGCACCCCGAGUUCUGGGAGCGUGGGGCCGGCUCUCACAGGUUUGCCCUGCCCAGGCUUCCUUGCCCAUCACAGCAGCCCUGGCCGCGUCAGCUCGGACCUGCUGGACUCCCUGUGCCAGGGCCUGGGGCAGCUGCAGAGCGACCCCGAGCCGGCCGUGGUCGCCGUUGCGCAGGUAUCUUCCCAGCAGGUGGCGCUGCUGGCCCGCGCACAGGGCUGUCGGCGGCGGGGCCUGCGCUUCCCUGGUCUCCGCCGGAGCCCCGCCCCGCCCGCCCGGCCCCCUCCAGUCUACCCGGACAGCCCCUUUCAGCGCCGGAGCCUCGCGGGGCGGUGGGGCUGCCCCGGCCCCGGCUGAGCCUGGCCCCGGCCGUCCUCUGGGUGGGGGCCCAGCCCCGGGAGGGCUCAGGAUCUGCACCUGGCACCCCACUGCUCUGGGGCGGCCCGGGGCUCUGGGCGGAAGCUGGCGUUGCCCCGCCCCAGGGCCGCACCCCCUCGGCGGGGGCGCCCUGCUGCUGCGGCUCGCUCCUUAGGAGGACGUCAGCGCUUCUGUCCGAGCACCGUGUCCCCUGAGCCCCUGCGCCUGCGGGCGCACCUACCCCUCCUCAGGCCUGCGGCCUCCCGGCCCCCGGGAGCGUGCCCAGCCCCUGGCCUGCGUGACGCCCGACCUUCCAAGGAGGGGUCUGGCGCAGGACACUGUGAAGCCCUGGGAGCUCCCGCGGCUUCCUGGGCCGCCCCCCGCCCCCGCCCGCUGGCCCCCCUACCCUGCUGGCCGCCCGCCAGCCCUGUCAUGUGCCCACUCCUCGCCAGCCCGCACCCUGGCCUGACCUCCUGCCCACACCUGUCGCCCCGCAUCCUGGCACCGUCUCCCGCACACUUCCCCACUCCCAGCUGUCAGACCGGACCCCACCCGAGCCUUCUGCAGAGGGCCUCCCUGACCUCUCCACUGGACACUGCAGGCCUGGGGUGCUACCUGUGGGUUCCGUGUGGGGAGCCAGCACCUGCACCCCCACCAGGCCGGGCGCGCUCGCCGGCACCGCAGCACCCUGUGCGGGGGCGAAUGAGAAGCUGUGACAGGACCUCCGGGGAAGGAGCCCCCCUGCAGACUCCCCAAGCUGUGACCGAGCGCACAGGGCUGUGGGAGGAUUCCUCCACCCAGCACCACCACCCCCCACCCUGCUGGAACUGCUUUUCAAGCCCCUCCCUGCGAGCUGCGGCCUCGGAGAGGCCUCCACGGACACAGCCCCUUAGCCUGCAGGCUGGGGGGCCCUGGGGAAGGCCGGGGGGCCCUGGGGAAGGCCGGGGGCCCUGCCGGCUCCUAGGGGAAGCAUCUGAAGU